GUUUAAAGUGAUAAGAUACCGUCCUUUACAUAUGAUUUGAUCUGUGGACUUAGCUAACAUGUCAAAUAACGCGUAUUUCCACUCGUUUUAUCUACGUUUACGCAUUUAUUUUACUAACAGCUGACUAAUUUUGUUCGGGGAUGACAUCGGCGUUAAUAUUUAUAGCUUUAGAUGUAUUUUUAAGCCUUUGAAGGGUCCGUUAGCUUGAAGGCUGCUGUUAGCUUGGAGCGUAUGUGCAGCGGGUUUACACAUUGAACCAUGUGGGUUUUUGGUUACGGAUCACUCAUUUGGAAAGUGGAUUUUCCAUAUGAAGAAAAGCAAAUCGGGUUCAUAAAAGGCUUUAGUCGGAGGUUUUGGCAAGGCAGCACGGAUCACAGAGGCGUGCCAGGCAAACCCGGGCGAGUCGUGACGUUGGUGGAAGACCCAGAGGGCUGCGUUUGGGGCGUGGCCUACAAGCUGCCGACGGGCCGCGAGGAGGAAGUGAAGCGCUACCUCGACUACCGCGAAAAAGGCGGUUACCAGGUCAUCACCGUGACCUUUCACCCCCACCCUCCCUCCCCCGAGAUCAAACCCAGCCAAACCUUACUGUACAUCGGCUCCCAGGACAACCCCAACUACCUCGGCCCCGCCCCCCUGGAGGAGAUAGCCAAUCAGAUCGUGGAAAGCACUGGCCCGAGCGGGAGGAACACGGAGUAUCUUUUCGAGCUGGCGGACGCGGUCAGGACGAUAGCGCCGGACGAUUUUGAUCCUCACUUAUUUUCUUUGGAAAGAUUGGUGAGGGAGAAGCUACAGAAGAGUAAGCUCAUUCAGAUGGGGUGAUGAGGAAGCUACUACGGAGCGUCAGAAGGGAAAUUUUUAACAUGCAUGUUUGUUUUAACAUGGAACUGUAACGUUACACUACAUGAACAACGAAUGUAACUUAUGGAAACAUUUGGACCCAGUUUAAAUUAUUUUUGUUUAGUAAAAAAAAGCAAGUUUCAGUUGCUUUUAAAUUAUUUUCAGAUUUAGCUAUUUUUUCCUGCCAUUUGAGAACUAUAUGCUCAGUUUGAUCUGUUGUAAUAAUCUAGUUACAAACUGAAAAAAUGUAAAAUAAAAUGGCAAAACAUCUCACAUUUUAAAACUUCAAUGGUUUCCAAAGAAAUUGCCAAAAUAGUCAAAAGUUGACCUCUAAUUGUAUUAAGUGUUUCAACCAUACUGUAUAUAUAAAUGGACAUAGCUAACCUGCUAGCCGCGGCGUUCCAAACAGGAAGUGAGCAUAGAUGUGCUUUUGGCUUCAUCGACUCUGGCUCCAAUCAGCUUUUUAUUGAAAAACUGUGGCCCUCUCUCUGUAACUGCUGCUGUCAGACUUGUUCAUAUUAACCGUCCACUUCUUUAUACAGUCUGUGGUUUCAUCUUACAAAAUGUGGUUCAUCAAUGACUGCUAAUACUACUACACUGGCCAAUUGUAUUUGUGUGUCUUCCAUUGAGGAAAUGAAUCUCAUGUCUACAGAUGUUCAAAUAAAUGUUAAAAUUGAGAU